AUGCACAACGCCGCCAUCGGUCGCUACGCCAGAGAUGCCGGCGAUGAAGGCAGCCGUGCAGGGCCGCCCCCGACGCACGGAUUGAACGAGCCCGCGGGCGCAGGACCUCGAUUUUUCUCACGGGGAUCCGGCCAAAAGAACGCUGGGAGCGGUGGCGCGGACGCUGGCGACACACCCGGCGAUGCCAGCAAUCCAGGACAAGCAGGCAGCGAUAGCAACAAGAAGCCGACUGUUGUGCGACGCGGAGACGAAGGCAUCCCUCAGCAGUACAUUAUCAUGUUCCGGGCGUCCGCGGACGAGCGCGCGAAACAAGCAGUGCGCGACCUGCUAAGGUCAACGCCUGGCGUCGAAUAUCUCCGCGACUUUUCUGCAACGGGUGGGCUGGUCGCUCGAUUUGACGAUGACAUGCUCAAGCAGCUGAUGACAAUGCCUGCGAUUGACCUGAUUGAGCAGGACGGCAAGAUGCACAUCCACGCAACGACUGCCGCCGGCAAUUCAAAGCACAUCAGUGGUCGCCGUCAAAACCAACCACUUCCCCAAAUCCCGACUGAAAUGUAUCAGGUGAACGCCCCUUGGAACCUGGAUCGCAUCGAUCAGCGAGCACUUCCUCUGGACGGCUUUUACAAGUAUCAUUUUGACGGCGCCGGAAUUCACGUUUACGUGAUUGACACUGGCAUCCGCACCACGCACGAGCAGUUUCAAGGGCGCAUCGGCAACGGCGUCUGCACGAUCGAUGGUAUUUUCUCCGUGCAGGAUUGCAACGGACAUGGCACGCACGUUGCUGGGACAGUCGCUGGAAAAACGUACGGCGUCGCAAAGAAUGUGACUGUUCACCCCGUACGUGUGCUCGGAUGCGAUGGUGAAGGAGCCAUCUCCGAUGUCAUCGAGGGCGUCGCAUGGGUCACUGCGAACGCCAUCCCGCCAGCAGUCGCUGUCAUGUCGCUCGGAGGUACCAUCUCGAUCUCCCUCGAUACGGCAGUUUCGGCAGCAGUGGCGUCGGGAGUGACCGUCUCUGUGGCUGCCGGAAAUGAGAACGAGGACGCUUGCAACUCAUCGCCAGCGCGCAACGAGUUUGUUGUUUCAGUCGGAGCGACAGACCUAAAGGACUUUCGUGCAACCUUUUCCAACUAUGGUCCGUGCGUAUCGCUGUUCGCUCCAGGCGUGGAUAUUACGUCGGCGUGGUGGCUGAGCGAUACCGACACGCGCACCAUUAGCGGCACCUCCAUGGCCGCUCCAUUGGUGGCUGGCAUGGCAGCACGCCUCUUGCAGUUCGACCCAGGCUUUACCCCGGACAUGAUCAAGAGCAUUUUGUCGUGCGCAGGCACAAAGGGCAUUGUAGAGGAUGCAGAAGCCUCCUCGCCCAACAUCCUUUCCUUCUUUGCAAUUGACCAGCCGACGCAGAUUCAGCAGACGACCGACAACACGCCUGCCACGCAGUGCGGCGAUCUCAGUACCGGCAACGACACCACGCCCAACGCCAACGGGUGCUACGUCUUCACGGGUACCAUCAACUUGACCACCAUCUCUGUAGCGAGCCCGAGUCCCUACUACCAGUCCGACCGCCCUGGCACGCUGCGCGGGUACCUCUCGCUCGGAAAUAGUGCCAAUCCAAACCCAGACUUGGAUCCCAGCACGGAUUUUCUUGAUCUUGGGCUUUACAAGUUCAACCAGGCGUCCAACAACUGGGACUUGAUCACGAGCUCGACCACAGUGGGGAAUGACGAGCAGAUUGUCUACUUUGGAACGGCGGGCUAUUACACGUUCCAGAUUGCCGCCGCACCCGCGUGGCUGCGCGAUGACAAGGACACGCCGAUACCCUACAUGUUUGUUUUCAAACCCCCGAGUGCCAGUGGCGACUCGCCCUCAGAUCAGUGCAACCAGGAAGGCUCUGCUGCGGCCACCACCAUGCCCAUGAACCGCUUGCUGGGAGCCUCUGCGCUUGCCGCGACUGGUCUUGGGUAUUGUCUGAGGAACAUGGCGUAA